AUGACCAAGUACCCUGAUUUUGAAUCACUGCCAACCGUGGAAGGGCAACCCCAAGGCAAUGCCUGGGGACUCUGGGGUCGAACUGAUGAACUUGGAACCUUGAACCUCCUUACCCCGGACGUCAUUGUGAGGGCCGCGAAAGAAGUCCGGGUCGGCAAACCAAUCCAGCUGGACCUGAGGUUGGACCAUUUCGGGCAUGGGAUCGCAGGGCGAGAACGGUUUAAGCAAACGAUCAUCGAUUUCAAGGAGCGAAACAAGGGCACCGAGUACGAAUUCGUGGCCCACGACGAUGUGAUCGCGUUCAACACCCAGAGCAGUUCACAGUGGGAUGGUUUUCGGCAUGUCGGACUGCAACGGUCGCAGGUUUACUAUAAUGGCGUCAAGCACAGGCAUAUCGACGAGCAGGGAGACGGCAAGCUUGGGAUUCAUAAGUGGGUAGAGAAUGGAGGCAUCGUCGGCCGAGGUAUCCUGCUGGACUACUACCGCUGGCGACAACAAACAAGUCAAGAAGUUGCAAAGGCCGACUCCAGCUUCAGCAUCACUGUGGCCGAGCUCGAACAAGUGGCCAAACACCAGAACCUCGAGCUGCAGACGGGCGACAUCCUCAUCAUCCGCUCCGGUUUCACGGUGUGGCACGACUCAGUCGAACCUCAGGAGCGCCAGAGGGCUCUCGACGCCGGUGUCUUCAUCGGCGUCGAGUCGUCCCUCGAGUCCGCCAAGUGGUUGUGGAAUCACCAUUUCGCGGCAGUGGCAGGGGACACGCUCGGAUUCGAGGUCUCGCCGCCGCCGCUGGGCGUGGAAGGGAGGACGUGUCUGCACGAGUGGUUGCUGCCUCAUUGGGGAUGUCCGAUUGGUGAGCUGUGGGAUUUGGAGACUCUGUCCAAGGAGUGCGAGAAGCACGGGCGGUGGUCGUUCUUCUUUACAAGUGCGCCGCUUAAUGUCUUUGGGGGGGUUGGCAGCCCGCCGAACGCCAUUGCCAUCUUAUAG